UGACCUCAAGAAGAGGAGUUGUGUGUUUCCGCUCUAGAAGAACUUGCCUCGUGUUUACAACCUGAGGGAGGAUGGAAAAGCUGUCAGGGAAAGACAAGGAGCUGAUACGAGGCAGCUGGGAGAGCCUGGGCAAGAACAAAGUUCCUCAUGGUGUCAUCAUGUUUUCCAGACUGUUUGAGCUGGAACCUACGCUCCUCACUCUUUUCAACUACACUACAAACUGUGGCUCCACACAAGACUGCCUCUCUAGCCCUGAGUUCCUGGAACAUGUCACCAAGGUGAUGCUUGUGAUCGAUGCAGCAGUCAGCCAUCUGGACGACCUUCACUCCUUGGAGGACUUUCUGCUCAACCUCGGGAGGAAGCAUCAGGCUGUGGGAGUCAACACGCAGUCAUUUGCUGUUGUGGGUGAGUCCCUUCUCUACAUGCUGCAGUGCAGUCUGGGCCAGGCCUACACGGCACCGCUGCGUCAAGCCUGGCUCAACAUGUACAGCAUCGUGGUGGCAGCUAUGAGCCGAGGAUGGGCCAAGAACGGGGAGGACAAGGCCGACUGA